AUCUUCUUUAACCUUUUCUGUUUUUAGCACCAUCUCCGCAGAUCGUUAUGGACUAUCAGACGGUUGCAGGCCUCGACCCCAGCUCCUCCUCCUUCUCCUCCUCCUCCUCUCCAUCUUCCUCCUCCUCUCCCCUUUCCACAACCGCCACCACCACCACCCUACUCGUCUCCAAUCUAUCCUACUCUAUCCACCCCUCUUCCACCUCCACCUUCCUCCGCCGCCGGAGUAGCCACUCGCCCAGCCAUGCACGCCACCUCCUAAAUUCAGUCUCCUUCGCUGCCGCCUCCUCCGAGCUCCUCGCCGUCGUCGGCCCAAGCGGAGCGGGUAAAUCCACGCUCCUCCGCGUUAUCUCUGGCCGCGCCGGUGCCUCCAGUUCCACGGCCACCGCCGUCUCCCUCGAAGGCCGGCACGUCUCCAGCGCGCCCCGCCUGCGGAAGCUGUGUGGGUUCGUGACGCAGGAGGACAACCUGCUGCCGCUUCUGACGGUGAGGGAGACGCUGGCGUUCAGCGCGCAGCUGCGGCUGCGCGGUGCGAGCGCGGGUGAGCGGGAGGAGAAGGUGGAGGCGCUGGUGAGGGAGCUGGGGCUGGAGCAGGUGGCUGACAGCUACGUUGGCGACAAGGAGCGGCGGGGAGUGUCGGGCGGAGAGCGCAAGCGGGUGGCCAUCGGCGUGGACGUGAUAGAUGACCCACCGGUCCUUCUGCUGGACGAGCCGACCUCGGGGCUGGACAGCGCCUCGGCGCUGCAGGUGGUGCAGCUGCUGGCGGCCAUGGCGCGGAGCAGGCGGCAGGUCGUCAUCCUCACAAUCCACCAGCCGGGCUAUCGGAUUCUUCAGUACGUCUCCACCUUCUUGCUCCUCUCCCACGGGAAGGUAGCUCACUAUGGCAGUCUGGAAUCUCUCACCCAGACGAUCGCAAGACUGGGAUUCACAAUACCAACUCAGCUCAAUCCUCUGGAGUUCGCCAUGGAGAUCAUUCAGCAGCUAGAGGACUUUCACUCUUCGAAAUUACCUCCUGAGACAGAGACAGAGAAGACAGAGACAGAGACUUAUAAUUACAAGAACAAGCUUAGCAAAGAUUUAGCAUUAGACGCAGAAAUUUUUCACAGCGGCUACUGCUCCCGCAUGGAGGAGAUCAAGAUCCUGAGCUUGCGAUUCUGGAAGAUCAUCUACCGAACGAAGCAGCUGUUCCUGGCGCGCACGAUGCAGGCCGUGGUCGGCGGGCUGGGACUCGGCAGCGUGUACCUGCACGUGGAGCCGGACGCCGAGGGCGUCGCCGAGAGACUGGGCCUCUUCGCCUUCAGCCUCAGCUUCCUCCUCUCCUCCACAGUCGAAGCACUUCCCAUCUUCCUCCAGGAGCGGCGCGUGCUGAUGCGGGAGGCCUCGCGGAGCACGUACCGGCUCUCCUCCUACGUCGCGGCCAACACGAUCGUCUUCCUCCCCUUCCUGCUCGUCGUGGCUCUGCUCUUCGCCGUCCCCGUCUACUGGCUCGUGGGUCUCAACCCUUCCUUCGCCGCCUUCUCCUUCUUCGUUUUGGUGGUGUGGCUGAUCGUUCUGAUGGCGAGUUCUCUGGUGCUCUUCCUCAGCGCCGUCUCGCCGGAUUUCAUACUGGGAAACUCCCUCAUCUGCGUCUUCCUGGGGGUCUUCUUCCUGUUCUCGGGCUACUUCAUCCCCAAGGAGAGCAUCCCCAAGUACUGGAUCUUCAUGUACUACCUCUCUCUCUACAGGUACCCUUUGGACGCCCUGCUCAUCAACGAGUACUGGAGCGUGAGGGACGAAUGCUUCUCCGUCGGGCAUGGAGGGGCGUGCAUGCUCACCGGCGGAGAUGUGCUGAGGGCGAGAGGGCUGGAUAAGGACUCCAGAUGGAUGAACGUCGGGAUCAUGUGCUUCUUCUUCAUCAUCUACCGAGUUAUGUGUUGGAUUUUGCUGGUCAGGAAGGCUUCAAAGACUAUGCUCUGACUGAAAUUAAGCGUGCUUAAUUGUUGAUUGAGUUUAUGCAAUUAUAUGCUUGGUUAAUUUUUGUGCAAUUGAUCUGUUAUAUAUUUAUUUGUAGACUUCUUUUUUUUUCAAACAAUAUUCAACUAAUUCUACCUAGUUUUGCUGUAUUAUUAUGCUAUCGUUUGUAGUUACUACUUAAUAAACUUCUCUUGUUGUAUUGU